GUUCAAUCGAAUUUCGGACCAGUGUCGUUUAUUGAAAUUGUAAAUAAAAUAAUUAUAUUUUGAAAAUAUGUCAGCAGAUGGAACAGAAGAUGAAGGCUAUGUUGUUCGUGUACGUGGCUUACCGUGGUCGGCUACUAAGGAAGAAAUUCAGAAAUUUUUUUCAGAAGUAAAUAUAAAAAGUGGAUCAGACGGCAUUCACAUGACUCUAUCUCGAGAAGGUCGCCCCAGUGGAGAAGCCUACGUUGAAGUAGACGGAGAAGAGGACUUAGCAAAAGCUUUAGAAAAACAUAAUGAUCACAUGGGUCAUCGAUAUAUUGAAGUCUUUAAAUCAAAAAAGAGUGAAAUGGACUGGGUUAUUAAGCGCAGUGGUGCUCAUCAAGAAGAUUCACUCAAUGAUGGUUGUGUUCGGCUUCGUGGUUUACCGUUUGGCUGUUCAAAAGAAGAAAUAUCUCAAUUCUUUUCAGGGUUGGAGAUUGUUCCCAAUGGUAUUUCUCUACCUACCGACUACCAGGGGAGGAGCACUGGGGAGGCUUAUGUGCAGUUUUCAUCCAGGGAUAUUGCGGAAAAGGCGAUGGGGAAACACAAGGAAAAAAUUGGGCACAGGUACAUUGAAAUCUUUAAAAGCAGUCUUCAAGAAAUAAGGUUGGCAGUUGGCAUGUCUGGUCCUAAAAUGAGACCUCUCAUUCCCAAUAGGCCUAGUCCAUAUGAUAGGUCUGACCGGUUUGGUGGCAUGAUGAACAGAUAUGGCAUGGGAAGAGGAGGCAGAAAUUUUAGAGGUUUCAUGGAUGAUGACUACAAUGGAUUUUCUGGUAAUUAUGGAAAUGGUUAUGGUGGAUUUGGGUUUGGUGGUGGAGGUUUUGGUAGCAUGGAUGGCUAUGGUGGUCGCAUGAACAACCCAAUGAACGGAAGAUUUGGAGGAAACUUCGGACCAGUUGGGGGCAGAUCUUUUGGAGCAACUGGUCAUUGUGUUCACAUGAGAGGCUUGCCAUUCAGAGCAAUUGAACAAGAUAUUUAUGAUUUUUUCCGGCCAUUGAAUAUCUGUCCGGUGAAUGUGCGUCUAAGGAAUGACAGAAGUGGGCGUCCCUCUGGAGAAGCUGAUGUUGAAUUUGCUACACAUGAAGAUGCUGUAAAAGCUAUGACAAAGGAUAAAGCUAAUAUGCAGCACCGAUAUAUUGAAUUGUUUUUAAAUUCCUCAUCUAAGCCUAUGGGCACUGGACCUGGACCAUAUGGAGGCAACAGAUAUGGAGGUGGCUACUACAGCGGAAGUGGCAAUGGUGGCUAUCAAGGUCAUGCAGGGAUGAAUAGCAUGAUUGGUGGUAGCAAUUAUUCAGCAUUUUGAUGCAAGUUGUUUUUACACAAAAUCAUUAAUUCCAUUCACAUACUGAUUAUAAGUUCUGGUCAUUCCAGUGAGUAAUUGUAUUUGGAGUAGCUAACAUAGUCAUUUACACUGUGUUUUGCCAAGUCAUUUGUUUAUGUAAUUGUUAGUGCCACUUGCUCAUGUCAUCAUACCCAUAAUCGCAUAACUAACGGUUGAAAAAAGUUUUAUUACUGUUAUAUUUGAGUGUUGAAUCUGAAAGUUUGUCACAUGAGGAUUUCUUUGUAAAUAGCUUGUUUUAUAUCUUCAAGGUUUUUUUUACUUCAAAUGUAGACAUUUGCAUAAGCAUGCGAGUUAUUGAUAAGAUUGUUACUUUUGGAAAACAGGGUGCUACUUAUUCAAAGUGCCGUCGUAAAAUCCCUAUGUGCUCUGCUGAAGUUGCAUGAAGAUUGCUCGCACUGAUGUUUACUUUUUUGUGUCUUUGUAAUUUUAUCUUUUUUAAAAGUCUAAUGUACUUGGAUCAUGGUAUUUAAAAUUGUCAUCUAAAUGCCAGCUUAGUGAUGUGCUUCACAAAGAAAAUAUCCCCGAGUACACGCUUUAAAAUUAUUAUUUAUUAAAAUGUAAUAAUUUCCAUUUAAAUGUGUUUCAUUGGUUUUUCCAGAUAUUCCAGAAUAAUUUUAAAUUUUACUUGACAUUUUUUACUUUUUAAAAAGUAAUAUCAUUUAGUUUUUUAAUUUUGCAUUUAAACUUUAUUUCUAACUCUUUAUUUAUAGUAUUUCAACUAUUUUUCGUUUUAGUUAGGUCUAUUUGAUGUUUUCCUCUUAAUAUGAUGACUAAAAAAAUCAAAAAGUUCAAUAUUUCUCUUCUUUAUAAUUGAUUGAAAAUUGAAUAAUUCCGAGCCAUUAUUGAUACUUUUGAUAACUAUGUUUUAUUGCCUGCAAGUAGUUUUUACAUGGAAGAUUAAAUGUGGUAUAAAGAACAGUAGGAAAUUGUCGUAAAAUUAUAUUUAACUACUUUCAUAAUUAAAUGUUGUCCAUUUUGACUUUUCAUCACUUUCAAGUUCAGAUUUUUAUAAAUCUUCAAAAAUGAAGUGUUUGUUUUUUGAGUUUUCCAGUGUUAAGUAUAUUUAUCUUUUUUCUCUCUUUCUGCUAUGGUAUAAUAUAUACAUAUAAAAAUAUAUAUAUGCACCCCCUCCUUUUUGUAUCUACUGAUUUAAAAGCAAUACUUUAGACUGUUAGAUUCUUUAAUUUUUCUACUGUUUAAUUUUGCUUGAUAUUUAUUAUCUGUAUUUUUAUAAGUUAUCUACUUUUACGAAUAAACAUCUAUUUAUUGUGAUACUUGAAUAUUUCUUAUAGUUAUAUUAUGAAAAUUUGUAUAUAAUAAAAUUGUUAUGUGUGAUUUGGUUAAAAUAAAUUAAUCAUGACAUAAACAAUCUACACAUUUUCCCCCUCCAGUUCCAAAUAAAACAUUGCAGAGUUUAACUUUAUACAAGUUAAUAAUUUUAAAUACUUUACUGACUUUCUAUCAAAGAAUUAUCAAUUAUUGUGUUUUUAUGCAUGAUCAAUAUUUAGUUCUUUCUUCUUUUUUAUAUAAAUAUAUUAGGAUGAGGAGAUAGUUUCAAAUGUUUUGCUGGCGUCCAAUCAGUGAAUAUGUUUCUGUACAUAAUAAAUACUUGAUUCACUCUUUUCCUAAACAUGUAUUUUUUUAGUGUUUCUAUGUUUGUUCAUUCAUUAUGUUGUUAAAUGUUAUGAAAAUUAUGCAUCAGCUGCCAUUAUAAAUUUCCAUUUCUGUUCACAUAUACCCAUGUAAUUUGAAUAAAGUCAAAAGUCUCUGUGUUAUUUAUCAG